CACAGCGAAGACAUGCGUGAGAUGUGGUCCUGCUCGCUGUGACAGCUGUUACCCUUACGGCCGUGAAUUGUUUCGGAAAUUUGGCAACCCAGUCUCCCAGUUAAAAACAAACAAACAAACCCUGUAAUUGCUCCCAAAAGGCUGAUUGUGUCCAUCUGGACGUUUUCAGUGGGAGAAACGUUUCGUCAUCAUCCAGGUGACGUCUUCAGUCUCAGCUGACUGCAGCUUUAUAAACAGGACAUUUGCACAAUGACCUCACAGCCCACUGAAUGAGCCGUGGGCUGCCAGCCAGCAUCUGUCUCCUCAUCGCAGCUCAGUAAAAACGUGCACAGGCAACAUCACUUACAGGUCCUGACUGUGUCCAGUUUGGUGCCUCCUAAAGUUUCAGCAGCUCUGUCUGCUGUCGAGGACGCCAGGUGUUCCCUGGAGGCGCUGCUGCAGAGAGAACAACUUACCUUCAACAUGCUGCACAAGCACCUACAGGAUGCCCAGCCUUGGAUGGAUAAACUCGAACAAACAUGUAACCAAGUUGACUUCAUAGAGAGACACAUGAAAUACCUAAGAUGCCUUCAACACAUAGAGGAGCUCAGUGCUACAGUUCAGCAGUGUUUGAUGACCAGCAGUGCCUGGGAAGCCAUAAGGGCAGUGGACAGCAUGGCGGCUCUGGAUUAUGGACUAAACCAGUCUAGAUGUUCUCAUCUCCAGAACUUCCUCCAAGAAACUCUUAGCUUCUGGCACAAAAUCAUGAAGGACCGUCUGACCAGUGAUUUUGAGAAGCUGCUGACUCAGCUUCACUGGCCGAUCAUCUCUCCUCCCACUCAGUCACUGACACCAACGCCCAGCUGUCAGGAGACUGAAGGCCAGCUGGAGCUGCUGGUUGGGCAGCUCCUCGCCCUGCAGACCUCCGAUGAUCUCCUGUCUCAGAGGACUUUGGACUCCAGCGAAGCUCUGUCCUCUCCCCAGAUGUCCAAACCUGCUCCCCUCUGUCUGCCCAUCCAGAUCAUGUUGUUGCCUCUCAACAAGAGGUUCAAAUACCACUUCUAUGGGAACCGGCAGACCAACUCUGUCAGUAAGCCAGAAUGGUACCUCACACAGGUUCUCAUGUGGAUGGGAAAUAACUCCACCUUCAUGGAGGAAACGAUCCAGCCGAUCUUGGAGCGAGGAGGGGUAACUCUAAGUGCCAAGGUGGAGUUGUGUCGAGGCCUGUUGUCUCUAGUCCAAGAGAAAGUGGCCAGCGAUGCUUCUAAGCUGCUGUAUGAUGAUGUGCUCUUCUGUCACUUGGUGGAGGAGGUGCUGCAAUUUGAGAAGGAGCUGAGAAGCAACCAUUCCUACCCAGGAGAGCUGCCUGGUGUGCUUCACCUCCUUCUCGAGGAUGCAGUCCUUCAGAAGUGGCUCACUAUGGAAAAGAAGAUGGCAGUGGAAAAGAUGGAUGCCAUGCUCUCGGCUGAAAGAGCCUGGAGCUCUCAGUAUAAAGACAUCAGUGAUAUGGAUGAUCUGAAGGCUCCAGACUGUGCGGAGACUUUCAUGACUCUGCUGCAGGUUAUUACUGAGCGGUACCGGACCUUACCUUGUCCUUCUGCACAACUGAAAUUUUUGGAGCUGCAGAAAGAACUCGUGGAUGACUUUCGUAUACGACUCACUCAGGUGAUGAAGGAGGAGUCUCGCUGCCCACUGGGUGUCCGUUAUUGUGCCAUCCUCAAUGCUGUCAACUACAUUUCCACCAUACUGGGAGACUGGGGAAACGAUGUGUUCUUCCUACAGUUGCAGCAGACAGCGGUCUCACUCGGUGAGGAAGCUGUACCCGGAGGCCUGGGCAUCAUGGAGAUGGGUCGUCUGGCUUCUCUCGAGGGCUCUCUGUUUGACGGUCUCUUAGCAUUGCUGGAUCGUUUAAAAGGAGAUAUGCUGGGAAGACUGCUGGAUUUUCUCAUGAGAGAAAUAAAAGAAAAAGCCAAACCAUAUUGCCAAGAAAGGUGGUUGUCCCUGCCGUCACAGCAAGACCAGUCCACCAUGUCCCUGUCCAGUACAGCAUGUCCCAUGAUGCUGUGCGUUAGGGACAGACUGUUGAACCUUCAUCAGGUGCUUGGCUUUUCUCUGUUUCACCUGGCCUGGCAGGGCCUGGCGGAAAGACUCGACAACUUUCUCUACCAAGAUGUGAUCCUCUGUAAUAACUUCAGUGAUGGUGGAGCAGCUCAGCUUCAGUUUGACAUGACCAGAAAUCUGUUUCCUCUCUUUGGUCACUACUGCAAAAAACCAGAGAACUUCUUUAAGCAUGUAAAGGAGGCAUGUAUCAUCUUGUGCCUUAAUGUGGGCUCUGCUAUUCUGCUGAGGUCUCUCAUAAAAGAGUCUGACAUGACCAGAGACUGUGCAGGUACGGGAGAUCCUCCACCAGAGUCGGCGCUGAACGAGCUCGGUGUUUUCUGUUUGGCACCGUGUGACGUGUUGAUCCUCCUCUCUCUGAGAACCUCGUGGUAUCCCUCCUGAUUAGCACAGUUUACUCUUUUUUUUGGUCAUUAGCAUUUAUGUUCCUCGUAGCUUUCAGAGUUGGUCAUAUGAUGUUCAGUAAGUUUGUCAUUAUUCGUUUCAUCUUUUCUUUCAUGGGGUAUUUAAUGGUUAUGACAUGAGAUGACCCAAGUACACAACAACUGUAUAAAUAAACCCAAGUUGUGUAAAACA